AGUGUACGCGCGCAUGCGCUCUGUGUUUGACGUGUGUUGUUUAUGUUGAAAAAUUGUCGAUUUUGUUGAUUGUUUCGUAACGUUUUGAUAACGCGUUUUCAGUGGAUAGUGUUUUAUAGUUCAAAGAAACUAAAAAUGGAGAGAAACGAACGCAAAACUAAUUCGCGCAAUCAUUCUAUCACAGUUAAUUUUGAUCGUGAAACUCAAUUUAUUUUGCGGAAAGUAAUUACUGAUUCGGCGAUACUAUUUUGCAUUGGUUUCCUUGUUUUGGCGUAUUACCUAUGGGGUCAGCCGUUUGAGCGAGGAUUUUUCUGUGACGAUGAGUCCCUCAAGCACCCGUACAAAGAUUCGACAGUUACCAGUACUAUGCUUUACAUCGUCGGGCUGGGUUUACCGAUGUUUACGAUGUGUCUUACGGAAUGGAUCAGACUUCGUGAUUACAAAGGGCGGCCACGAGCCAUCUUCGGUAUAGACAUCCCGCCUUGGGUAUGGGAGGCGUAUCGAGUCAUCGGCGUUUUCCUAUUCGGUUGUGCCUGUCAACAGCUGACGACAGAUGUCGCUAAAUACAGUAUAGGAAGACUGAGGCCGCAUUUUUUCUCUGUUUGUAAACCGAACAUAGACUGCAGCUUAACGGAAAAUCGAUGGCGUUAUAUUGAAGUUUUCGAAUGCUUGGGUGAUGAUCCCAAGUUACUAAAAGCGAUGCGACUUUCAUUCCCCAGCGGACACUCCUCUUUCUCAGCUUACACUAUGAUAUAUUUCGCGUUGUAUAUCCAGAAAAGAUUUACGUGGAAAGGUUCAAAACUAUUCAAGCACACUAUACAGUUGGUCCUAUUAUUGAUGGCUUGGUAUACGGUCAUGACCAGAGUAUCAGACUAUAAACACCACUGGAGUGACGUUCUCGCUGGUUUCAGCAUUGGAAUGAUAUUUGCUAUUGUUGUAUUUUUAUUCGUCUCUAAUAUCCGGAAAACGACUAGAACACGACAGACCCUCAAUCACAUUGAAGCAGAGAUGCACGCUACCAACGGCAACACGAGAUCGGCAACCCGAGUGCAAGUGUGACAACCAACACCCACCAGCUCCCAAACGGUCAGUGAUGAGGAGUCAUGACCCAAAUCACCCAAUGUCACUAUAUCGUGGAUAUCACACGAAUAUAUAGACAAAUAAGAGUGGACAAAGAUUGUGCCUCAUAACUAAAUUGAUAUCAAAGUAUCAAGUAUAGAAUUGCAAAUCUGUACAAUGCAUUUUGGACUCAAUAACACCCUAAAGGGGCAGUUAUAUAAAAGUGAAUUUAACGUAUGUUUAAGUUGGUGUGUGACUUGAGGAAUCUCGGCAAAAAAAUCGAAUGUAACUGUUGGAAUUUCGUUGUGAAUAAUUCUAGAUAGACAUACUAUGAAUAAGGUUAGUUUAAAAGAAAUUACACGAUGUUAUUAUAUGUCGGUGUUGUAGACGAUCUACUCAUUCGAUAUGUUACUGAAUAGUGCAAUUUAACGUAAAAAUGGUGUAGUUAUCAGUGAAUCGUUAGCUUUAUGAGAAUACAGUCGGGUAUUAGUAGUAUUAUUACUAACAUACAGCAGCGUUCCUAGUACAACAACAGUAACAGAACAUUGCAAGUUUUUAAAUGUAUAUACUUAAAAAAAAAAUUAAAGCGAAUAUAUUAAAACUGCAUAAUAAAGCAAUUAUUUUUAAGUAAAUGUACAAUUAGAUAUUUAUAUUUGUAAAGAUAUUUCAUAUACUAUGAUAAUUGUUUUAGAUUUUCACAUAUCUGAUUGUGCUCGUCUCAAUUUUUUCUUUACCUUAAUUAUUCUACUAUUCUCACUAUUUUUUCAAUGUUUUAUAUACAGAAUAUAGUACAAUUAUUGAAGUUGCUAUGAUGUUGGAUUAUUUUAUUAUUAAAAGCAUUUAAGACUUCUUUUGUAAAAUGAAAAGUCUGCUGAGCCGAUUUAUUUAAAUUAUAUAUAUAUAAACUCUUUCGGCGUCUGGGAGACUAAGGAAGAAUGUAUUUUAUAUACUGUGAUAUAGAGUUGUAACAUAGAAAAAAAAAACAUUUACCACAUCUUCAUGAACUUCCCAAGUUUAUAAUUCGAGAAUAGAACAAUAUGGAUUCUGAAACCAGUUAUUUGUUACUUUUAAAUGUGCUUUAUGUAACCAGUAAAAUCUUGAAUUAUAAACUUUUAGUUGAUAAUUAUAAUAGUUAUAUUAUACAUUUUAUAGGUGCUAGAUAAGUGUAACUUAUAUUUUAAAUUUAACUAUUUAUAAGUGACACUAAUAGUGUGUUGUUUUUAAAAAAGAAACUUUAUUGUUUGAUGUGAAUAUGUAUGUUUUUAUGAUAUUUGACAAAGUAUGCGAUAUUAUUGGCUUGUUCAGAGGAAGAAGCCGCCAAAAUGGUUUUUAUUAAGAAUUGUGUUAUUUAAAAGGUAGCAUAGAGGCAGCAUGUUUUAUCAAUAAUCGUCUAUUGUUAAAAUUAAAAGUCUAAAUAACGUUAUAACGUUGUCAAUGGACAUUGAAAAUUUGUGUAUAGUAAAAAGUAUAUAAAAUUUGUAGGUAAAUUGAAGUAAGUCUUGCAUUUGGAAUAUUUGUAUUUUCGUGGGUAAAAAAAUAUCACUUGUACAAAUUAGUGUAUUUAUACAUUACAGACCUCAUCAAAUAGGUUUGAUAUAAACUUAAUGUUUAUUUUACAUUUGAUACUCUAUUGCUCAGACAUAGGGAUGAUUUUGGUAUAAUAAACAAUUUCUGUCACUGAUGCUACUUAAAUAUGCUUGUAAUACUGAAAGUAAUUAAUUAUACAGUAAAUCGUAAGGCCUCUCAAUGUGUACACAUAUAGAGGUAAAGCGGAAUAAAGCGCCACAAUGAUUAUAAAUUAAUUUUUAUAAAACAUUGCGAUUAUAAAUCACUUGUGUCAGUAACUAGUUGCAAAGUCAUUCAAAUUCAUCAGUGUUUAUUAUUUGCCAGAAGAAUAAGAACAUUGAAUUUUGAGGUAACAUUGCAUUUAUCAUAAAUAACUUUGAAAAAGAAUAUUAUAAUAUUUCAGCUUUGUAUUAACAUUCAGAAACAUUAUUAUUAUAAUGUAUCUUACUUUUAAUUACAGUUCAUUUGUAUUUUUUUUUUGGUCACUGUAGGAUGUAUAACUACAAUUUUGUGUUAUAUGCAAACAGUAUACUAGAAUAUGAGUUAGGGCACUAAUUUAUUCUAUUUUAUACUUUAUUGUUAUUAAAAAAAAGAGUUAUCAUAAAUUUUAAUUGUACGUUCGGUCAUCUUCGGAAUUGAUAGGUCUACUCUUUGUCAUAUUCAUUUGUACUUAGUGCACAUGUCUGAAUGCUAUUAAGGAAGUUCAUUUUAGAUGUAACCAAAUAUGGAAUAGUAAAACCUAAAAUGCAAUACUGCAAUUACUUUGUAAAUUAUUCAUUACAGAAAUUUUGUUUCACUUUGAAAUAAGCAAAACAAAGCCGAAAACCGAACGUGAAUUGCUUAGACUUAUUUAAUGACAAUUUACAAAUAUUCUUCUAUAAGAAAUAAGAACAAAUUUCAAUUUCAACAUUAUUCGAUUACUUAUCUCCGUUGUAGACUCUAUCUUUCUUUCUCUAACAUCUUUUGUUAGAAAAAGAAAGAUUGAGCGCCAAUGAAGGCAGAACAAAACCACAAACAAGACGGAACUUAAGAUGAUAAAUUAAUUCAUUCACAUAUUACAGAAAUAGUUUCCUAAUAUUAGUUGACUUACAUUGCGAUGCACUGCCUUUUUAGUAAUUAUUUAGCAACUAUUUAUAUUAUUACAUUUACACUAUUUAUGUUAAAGUUAAACUAGUUACAAGUAAUGAAGCAUAAUAAACACAUGAUCUG